AUGGCCCGUGGAGGGAGAGAGCGGGACCGUCCAGCGGGGGAUGACGGGAUGUGGGAGGACUGGGCCGCCGGCCGCACGGUCCGCGCCGGGACCCAGGAGUCGGAGCGCGCCUGCGCACUUGGCAUCCUUUGGCUGCUGGCUCCUUCCCUGGGCCCCAGCACAGCCCGGCUGGGCCGCCUGUCAGCCAGUCAGGCUGCUGGCGAGGUCAGCCGGCAACCCGAGGCCGUCCUCGUGCCCCUGCUCUUUGCACUCAUUUUCCUCGUGGGCACCGUGGGCAAUGCACUCGUGCUGGUUGUGCUACUGCGCGGUAGCACCACCAACCUGUUCAUCCUCAGCCUGGGCGUGGCCGACCUGUGCUUCCUCGUGUGCUGCGUGCCUUUCCAGGCCACCACCAUCGACACCCUGGACGGCUGGGUGUUCGGCGGGCUGCUCCGCAAGGCGGUGCACUUCUUCAUCUUCCCCACCAUGCAUGCCAGCGGCUUCACGCUGGCCGCCGUCUCCCUGGACCGGUACCUGGCCAUCCGCUACCCGCUGCACUCCCGCGAGCGAGCUGAGCUGUGCACGCCCUGGAACGCGCGGGCCGCCCUCGGGCUCAUCCGGGGGCUGGCUCUGCUCUUCUCCGGGCCCCACCUGAGCUACUACCACCGGCCGUCGCGGCUGGCCAACCUGACGGCGUGCCACCCACCCGGCCCGGAGCGCGCCAUGGACCUCGGCACCUUCGUCCUCCGCCACCUGCUGCCGGCGCUGGUUGGUGCUCGGCCUGACCGGCGGCCCCCAGGCUGGCCAAGCGCAAGGUGA